AAAAAACAGUAUUGAUGUAUGUGUACAGCGUAGAUGCAGUUUGUAAAAUAUAGUUGUUUACAUUGUGCCGCUUAGUGUUAAAAUGUUCAAUGUGAUUGUAUUUUAUUUUUAAUUUUGAUUAUGAUUAAAUAUUAUGGUAGUAUAAUGUAACAACUUGAAUAAAAGUAAUAGAAAUUGUGUGUAAAAUGUCGUUCAGUUGGAUUUUAUUGACAUUUCCAAUAAUUGCAAAUGCUGCAAACAUAUUGGUCUUCACGCCGUUACCUGUUAAAAGUCAUAUACGUGGCUUUCAGCCUCUUUUUGAACAACUAGCCCAACGAGGUCACAAUGUCACGGUUUUAAGUUGUUUUCCAGUAAACGGUACAAUUCCAAACUAUACUGAUGUCGGACCGUUUAUGGAGGGAGAAAGAAAGAGAAAUGUUAUGGAGUUGGUUGACAUGAAUUUUCUAAACUCAAGUCCUCUAAAAUGGAAUUUAGGUGUUAAACUUGGCAGUUUAGUUUUAUCCCACAAGAAAAUGAUGGAAUUUAUUCAUUCUGAAAGUUAUUCCUUCGAUUUGGUUAUGGUUGAAACGUUCGUGCAGGAGUAUACUGUUGCUAUUGGGCAUAAAUUCAACGCUCCCGUCAUUAACCUUGUACCCGCAGCAUUAUGGCCAAGUAUCAGCAAAUGGUUACACAUGCCUUCUACAUUUUCAUACAUACCAGAUAUUUGUUCGAGUGUAACUGACGAAAUGACAUUUAUCGAACGUUUAAAAAACACUAUAAGUGGAGUUAUACAGCUAUAUGUGGAAAAUCUACAUUACAUGCCCAAAAUUAAACAAAUUAUGGAUAAGUAUUUCAAGUAUACAGGUUGGGAAACUAGACCCAGUCUUGAAGAAAUGUUAAAAAAUGUUUCUUUGACACUGGUCAAUGGACAUUAUGCUGUUGGAGUGACAAGACCCUAUUUACCAGGUGUCAUUGAAGUCGGAGGAAUGCAUAUUAGACCAUCGAAACGGCUACCGCAGAAUAUUCAAAGUUUUAUGGACUCAGCACCAGAAGGAGUAAUACUUUUUAGCUUUGGAUCGGUUGUUAAUUUGUCUGACUUGCCGAAAGUUAAAUUGGACGCUAUCAUCACCGUCCUUGCUAAAUUAAAGCAAAAGAUAAUUAUCAAAUGGUCACCAGACGAAAAUAUUAAGUUGCCUUCCAAUAUUAUAACCGAAGCUUGGAUUCCUCAACAAGAUAUUUUGGCACAUUCGAAUCUGAAACUUUUCAUCACUCACGGAGGACUUCAUAGUUUAGAGGAAGCUACAUACUACGCGGUACCUGUAGUAGGUGUGCCAUUUUUUGCUGACCAGUAUUCAAAUGUGAAACUAGUCGAGAAUAAGUUUUGCGGCAAAUUAGAAGGAUUUCAUUAUUUGACCGAAGAGACGUUUGGCAAUGCCGUUAAUGAAGUUCUAACAAAUUCUAUGUAUAAAGAAAACAUGAAGAAGCAAAGCUUGAUAUACAAAGAUCAACCGACGAGUCCUAUGGAGAGAGCUGUUUAUUGGGUUGAGUACGUCAUUCGGAACCGUGGAGCUGAACACUUAAAAAGUGAUUCUUUAGAUCUAAACGAUUCCCAAUAUUUCCUAAUUGAUGUUGUAUUGGCUGUUCUUGUGUCAACGGGUGUUCUUUUUUGCGUUUGUUAUUAUGGAUCAAAAAAGUUAUUAUGUCCUUUAUUUUGGAGGUAGACAAAAAUUACAACAUUAAUAUUUAUUAUAUUAUUUGCCCGCUUGAAAAAUGUUUAGAAAUGUAUACAUGUUGUUGAUGUAUUAAGAAAGCUUUUUUUCUAAAUACAUUAAUAAAUUAUGAUAGUUGAA